ACGACGACAUAGAUCAUGAUAGAUGAAGGACGUUAUGCCACGAUUUGGUUCAUUCAUUCAUACAGUAAUUGACAACCAGAAUUCAAAGAGAGAACAAGGUCGGGAGGUUACAGCAUUCACAUUGCAGACUGCCGCGUUGCGGGAAAAGGAAGGCCACCGUGACUGUGGCAGGACCCACCAGGAUCUACACGAUGCUUCACUUGCCUUAUACCCUGCUCCCUUAUCUUUCCGCACAUACAGAUACGUUCUUUCAAAUCAGACACUCACACUCGCAAAUUAUAUACCAGUAGCGUUCAUGCCAAAGAAGGGGCCGCCUUAUGACCCGAACACUGCAGAUGCAACGUAUGUCGUGAUUGUAUGCCCAUGGGGGGUGCAUCGGAAUAGCAAGGAGCGCAAAACUAGCGACAUUGACAGACUGGGAGCUUGGGUUCGAUUUAUGCUGAAAGAGGCCAAGGACUCCAAGUUCAGGCAAAACACGAUAGUGGAGUGUGUGUAUAUGAUGACUACACGAGAUGAAGUGAUCGUACAAUUGCCAAAAGGCACAACAAUUACACCCCUUCUUGGAGAGCAUAGAUGGGCAGCCAUAACGCU